AUGGACUCCUUCAUCCCGCCACCUUUUCCAUUUCCAGAGGCUUGGCCGCGAAUCUUUGCCGAUCAGCAGCAGCGUCAGGAAAAUAGGUGGCUCACGUCAAUAACUUUCGAUACUGCGCAAUGGCAUGCACCAAAAAGAGCAGAGAACGAUGAUGUGUUAUCUGUUAGCUGCAAUGAUGUGGUAGCUGAGCCGCAAGACAUAGAUGAUGAUGAAGAAGAUAAUGGCGAUUACAAGAUUGAAUAUGUUCUUAGCGAUGAAUGGCAAGCGCAUUUUCAAUCUUCGUCUCGACUCCAGCAUCUUCGGAAGCAAGAACGAUCACGCAACACUAAGAGCAAGAGAAGACACCCACCACAAAAGCAAGUCAAGCAACCUCGACAUACUGAUGCGCUGAAAUCAAGUCGGUUAGCUCACUUGCAGCAUGAAAUUCAAGCUGCCAAAGCUCGAGCGCUGAUGAGAAAAUCAAAGCCACAAGAAGAUAGCAGUGUUUUUCCAUCAGACUCUAAAGUUGCAGCACUUGAGACUUCGCUCAAUGCGCUUUUUGAUGAGUUUUGUGAUGCAUUCGAACCAGUAAUGUGGCCGCACGAUGCGUUACAAAGCUAA